AUGAACACUACAACAUCAAGUAAAACAAUAAAUGAGGAAUCGAUAGAUGAUCCACAUGAUGUUGAGAACAAAGGCAACAAUAUAAGUCAAAAAACCAAAUUCGCUAAAGAUGCUUGCAAAAAUUUCAAUGUUUUAUGUACCGUUCAAAGUUCUCAAAACGAGGUGAAGGCUUCCGACAUUGUUACUGAAAAUGCAAAGCUUAAAAGCCAAGUUAGCACAGAAAAAGACAGUAUAUCAGCUGAAAACACAGUUUUUUCAAACAUGGAAGAUAUACAAAAUGCUUUGCUGAAUUCCAAUCUUUUUCCGGAAAGAUUAAACUUUAUUGUAGUUCGAGUUUUAGACAUAACAAAACCGCUGAGUGGCAUCUUGCCUUCAAUUAGAACGCCAAAAAGACCGGUGUCAGGAAAUGAAAAGAUUUUUUGGACUCUAGUUUGUUUGUUUAUUUUCUUAGUAUGCUCGCAAAUCCCGAUAUUCGGUGUGACGAUGAACAGUUCGGCAGAUCCGUUUUACUGGGCGAGAGUAAUGCUUGCGAGUAACAAAGGCUCCUUGAUGGAGCUGGGUAUUUCGCCAAUAAUGACUGCAUCGAUGAUAAUGCAUUUCCUGGUUGGACUCAAAGCGAUUGCGUGUGACAUGUCGCUCAGCGAAGACAGAGAGUUGUAUAAUGACGCGCAAAAAUGGUUAAGUCUGGUUAUUUGUUUUGGUACGUCUAUUGCCUACGUGCUGUCAGGUGCUUUCGGAAAAAUCUCCUUAUUUGUGUCUGUAAUCAUCAUUACUCAAUUGUUAACUUCCGGCGUCAUUGUAAUGUUAAUGGACGACUUGCUUACGAAGGGCUACGGCUUUGGUGGCGGAGUCUCAAUGUUUAUUACUACAUCGAUUUGUGAAAAAUUGGUUUGGAGUAUGUUUUCGCCGACAACUCUGCACACCAAGAACGGUACGGAAUUUGAAGGGGCUUUCGUAGCGCUCAUGCACUUUUUGAUCGUUAGAAAAAACAAACUGAUUGCGCUAAAAGAAGCAUUUUAUCGAGAAUCGGCCAUCAAUAUAACGAACGUGCUAGCUACCUUAACCAUGCUUGGAGUCAUUAUCUAUUUGCAGUGCUUUAGAGUCGACAUUCCUAUCAAACACAGAACGAAUGGUGGACAAGUCGGAGUUUUCCCCGUUAAACUCUUUUACACGCAUAGCUCGUCCAUGUUGAUCGAAACCACUUUGACUUCUCAUUUAUUUUAUUUAUCGCAUGUACUCUAUCGACAAAUGCGAAGCAACCCAUUUGUCAAUUUGCUAGGUCAGUGGCAGGAACUUCCAAACGGCAGAAAAAAACCCAUUGGUGGACUGUCUUAUUACAUCCAUCCACCAAUGAGUGCCAAGGAUUACGUUACUCAACCGUUUCACACAGUCAUUUAUGUUUUGUUUGUUAUAAUUAGCUGUGCUUUUAUCUCCAAACUGUACCUUGAUAUUAGCAACACCGGCCCUCGUGAAGUAACUAAGCAAAUUCGAGAUGCAGGCUUCACCAUUCGAGGCCAAAGAGAAACGUCCAUUUACAACGUGUUCCAGUCGAUAAUUCCCACUGCGGCUGUUCUCAGCGGCGUUUUACUCGCUGUUCUUACAAUAAUGGCCGACUUCUUUGGCGUCAUUGGAGGUGGAACGGGUUUGCUCGUUACCGUUACUACAAUAUACCAUUUUUAUGAACAAAUAUAUAGAGAAUAUAAAACUACUGAUGCCUAA